AAAGGAUAAGAUGCCAUGGAGGCCACAGGAAGAUCAGCGCUUUAUGUCUGCUGUGUUCUUCUCAUCCUAACAGAAGUCAGCUCUGAGUUUAUCCACAUCCCGUCCUUGGUCCAUCAUGGGAUCGAAGGGAAGUCCGUGCUCCUGUCAGUUGAGACUCGCUUCCCGCUGGAAGAUGUUGAGAUCCAGGGAACUUGGUCCCACACCAGGCCGAGCGGCACCAGGACCACGUUGGUGACAUUUACCAAAGACGCCACAAUCACCAACAUGAUGUACCGCAACCACCUCUUUAAGGAACCCGAUGUUUCUUUGCAAAUCCGGAAAUUAAACCAGGAGGAUGAGGGGGAUUACCACCUGAACCUCAACAUACAGUUUCAUAACCAGACGGGACUGGUGAUCAAGGAGGAGAGAACUGUGCAUGUUACAGUGGACGUCCCUGUGUCGAGUCCCGUCAUUCAGAAGAGCCCAUCUUAUGCAGUUGUUGAGGACAAGGGUAACGCGACUUUGACUUGUUCUGUCAAGAGAGGAACAAGAGUUGUAUUCCAGUGGCUGAGAGACAACCAAGCACUUGGUGCCAGUGACAGAUACCACUUUACUCAAGACAGCUCUACAUUGUUUAUCAGUACUGUGAGGAAAGAGGAUAAGGGAACUUACCACUGUGUGGCCAGCAAUGCUGUGAGCCAGGGUCAGCACAGCAGGGCCCUGGACCUCAAUGUCUAUUAUGGCCCCUAUAACCUGGGGGUGAACUCAGACCAGGGACUGCGGACAGGGGAAGUGUUCACCAUCAACCCUGGAGAGCUGAUCUUCUUUGAAUGCCAGGCUGACUCCAACCCACCCAACAGCUACGUUUGGAUCUCCAAAAGCCACAACACCACCGUGGUCAUCGCUGAGGGCCCGCGGCUGGAGAUGCGCUCCUAUAGGUUGGCCCAGGCUGAAGAGUACCUGUGCCGCGCCUUCAACAACGUGACGCAGAAGCAGGACGAGGCCCAGUUCACUCUGGUGGUGGCCAGCUUAGGAACAGGGAAAGAGAAGCAUACCCAAGAAGGAAACUCUUUUUCCCCUUUGGCAGCCAUCGUCGUUAGCUCUUUGUUCAUCAUCGGCUCCAUACUGCUGUUCUACCUCAGGAAAACCUGCAAUCCUAAGAGAGUUCUCAUGAGCAUAUACAACAGGCCACUUUCAGAGCAGAAACGACCACAUCGUUCAGGACAUGAAGAUGCAACAGAAGACUUUGGCAUCUAUGAGUUUGUCUCUAUACCUGGGAAAAUGGAAUCUGCACAGGCCUCGUGCAGAUCUCUGGCUCGCCUCGAGUCAGUUCAGGAUAUUCACACCACCAUCUACGAUGUGAUCAGACAUGUUCCUGAAACACCCAGUCACAGUUUGCUGAACUAAGAAGCAGAGUUGAUAUGAAACUCAUUUCACUUGAACACUCAUUGUGUAGCUUUAUUCUCUGUUAUCAAAGCCUGAAACACUGGUUUUGGUGGCAGGUUGUUUUGCACAAGGGAUGAAGGAGAAUUGUGUCAAUACACAACUUGAUCGUGCACUGUUUCUGUCCAGCAUUUGGAACAGAAGUUAAAUGACUUUUGCUGACAUUAUUGAGAGAUGUAAGUGUAAGUAUGCCUUGAAAUGUAUGUCUUUUUAUGUGAAAGUAUAACUGAAGUUUGAACUGUUUCACCUUUUUUGUUCAGAAUUAAGGAUAAGUUCAAGUCAGAUUAAACAAAACAAGUUAGUUAAAUGUCAGAGGUACCUCCAAGGUACCUCAACUAUUUAUGUGUUUAAUUUAAAAUACUAAGGUUUUAUUUACCAUUUCAUCAAUAUCUUCCUAUGUAAUAUUCCCACCAAUGAGAGCCUGUUUUGACAAGUGUUACAAUGAAUGCAUUUUCUUGAAUGAAAUAUAUUAAGGUUAAUUGUAAAUAUUGUACAUGGAUUAUCCUGCAGAUUCUUUAUACAUAUUAUUAUAUUUGCUCCAAUCUAUUUAUUCCCAUAGAACGACUUAACCCUGUUUCCACAAUGUAGCAUUUUUCGGCUCAACCUGGAUAUAUUGAAAAUGCUGACACAAGUAAAAGAAUGAAUGAUUCAUAAAUUAUUGUACAGUUUGCAUUCACAUGUCUGUUUUGUACUUUAUUAAAUAUAUAAUGGUUAA